AUGAAAGAAGCUUCGUUGUUGACGAUAUUUCUGAUUGGUUUACUCAGUAUCGCUGUAACCGCCGUGGAAGGUAGGGAUUGUUUAACAGCACUCAUAUUUAAAAAUAUGAGAGCUCUCUAUAAAAAAAAUGCUCAACCAUUCUGCGUUCCUUUUUUAGUGUCAAACUUGUUUAACCAUCCCAUGAGAACUGUCGAUACCAGUUGACACAAUGCGAGAAUCAUGGGUCAAAACAUAUUUAGUCUGAAAAGGACUUUAAACGGCUCUCUGCUUGUACGAGUGUGUUCAUGCUCAAAAUGACGAGUUUACUUACUUGGAAUAACUGACGUAUAAAGAAAAAAUAUGCAAAAUAGUUUGAAAAAUAUUUUUAAAACUGUACGAGCGACGUCUUAGAGAGUCAACACAGCCAGGAAUGAAACAGAGAAGGGAGUGUAAAAUGACUAAAAUGGUUUAUAGAAAAACGUGUGACCAAAUACUUUAUGCGCUGCUGUCCCAAAUCUCGUUUGACUUACUAAUUUUAAAAAAAAGUUCUUCCGUGCAGUAUGUUGAUCAGCUACAAGAGCCAUAAUAGGAUCUCUUGCCAUGCAGCUAUCAUUUAUGAAUGGUCCUUUUGAUUUCUGCUUCUCUGAUCUGCGCACUUUGCAUCUCCCUGCAGUGUUAUUGCCGGAUGACCCUCUCGAGUUUAAGAUGAUGUUACACGGGACGAUUCGCAACGACGAUUUUUAGCGCGACAUAGCGUUGCAUUCGAAGCAAUGUUGCAACGAUAUUGCACCGCUGUGUUGCGCUAAAAAUCGUCGUUGCAAUCGUCUCGUGUAUAACAUUACCUUUAGGGACUAACCAGCCUCGUGUAAAUGCGUUUAGGAAUACUAGUGAUUCAGUUUAAGAGUUUUCUGCAGGCUCUUCAUUUGAUAAAUCACCCAGAAACAUCACUUGUGAUCCAAGAGGACAAAAUAGCCAGUGUGGAUAUAAAAGGAAAUGCCAAAAGAUAGGAGACACUUAUCAUUGCACUUGUGUAAAAGGAUUUCAGGCUAUUGAAGGUGCUUGUAAAGGUAAUUUUCAGACAACUAAUUUUCAUGUAAGAAGGUGAUUUCUAUAGUAACUUAUGAAAAGAACAAAGACAGGCAAAUUGUUUGAAAGCCGAUUAGGGCUUAACCCGGGGUUAAAUUUAACCCGGGUUUCUUUUUCUCGUGUUCAAAACUGAAAUGCUUUUUAAACUUUCAAAUCUGAAUUCAAAUCUCGCACUAGACCUGGGUUAUCUUAACCCACCUUUGAACAACUAGGCCCUGGUGGUUUCCUGAGGUCUCCUCGCCAAAAGACGUUACUGUAAACUUACAUUGUAUUUAAGGCAAAUAAAUCAUGAUGAUGAAAUGACGAUGAACUUGUACAAAUAAUCGGAAACUGCGAACUAUAAUCUAGGUCAAUGCAAAAAUAUAACAAGGAAACUUUGAACGGAAUGCCAAGCCGAUCGGAGACAUCAGGCAUAGCCGCUAGAGUCCCUACGAGCCGUUUGCUUUGUCCAAUCAAAAUGUUUGACAAUGCCAAGAAUUAGUACUUCAAACUGUUCAACCAGCGUCUCGUUUCGUUUCGGUGCAAAGAUAUUUGUAUUGGAAUGAGAACGAAAUGCUUCUUUCUAUCCGGUGUCUGUUUCAGAUGUGGAUGAAUGUAGGCAAAAGCAUUUCAGACAGCAGUGUAAGAGAAAAGGAGCUAUAUGUCAGAACAGCCACGGAUCAUACAAAUGCCAAUGUAAAAAAGGAUUUCACAUGGACCUACACAAGCAACACUGUGUUGGUAAGCAGAUGUUUCGUUGGUAACAGGCUCACUUAGCGCGGAAGCAGAAGCGCACAGACCAGCAACUACCUGACCUUCUUUGAUUGCGCAGUGCGCAGAUACACAAAAACGUUCCUUGGAUCUAUUAAAAUAAGUUUAGGUCACCCUAUAUGGCACAGGAGUGGGACUGAAAACAUCACGCCGACUUAGAGUCUCAUUCUUUAAGAUUACAGCUCGGAUGGUCCUCCAUUCCUUCUCCAUGUUCCACUUUCCAGUUUUUCCCUAAACUUACAUUACGUAACAGUUCAUGAAUACCUUCAUUGAUCUCGUACCCAGAUCUCUUUGAAUACGUCGUCAAGAGAUCUGGGUACCAGAUCGCGAGGGAGACACGCUACUUCAGAACGAACUGCAACUAUUUUGUUCCACCCUGUCAGUCUAUCCGCCUUGUUUUAAACGUGACUAAGUGGUGAUUGAAGGAAGGGAAGUCGAAAUUCUAAAUCUGUGCUUUGAAACUUUUUAGAUGACGAUGAAUGUGAGAAAAUGGAGUUGUGUCAUGAGAAGGCAAUUUGUGAAAACACUGUGGGGUCCUUCCGUUGCUCAUGCGCAGUAGGAUUUGCAGGGGAUGGAGUUGAGUGCGUACUAGACAAAGUCUACGAACAGAAACAGAAGAUCAAGCUGACCAUCAUGAUCGGGGGCGCAUGUGGCGGGGGCAUCUUGCUUAUCAUCGCUUUAGUAGCGUUCUGUUGCUGCGCGCGCAAGAAGAAGAAGAAAAACGACAAAAAACAUGGAGAUAAAAUUGAAAAAAUAGAAUCUACUCUCUCUGAAUAUGGACAGGAUUGGGAGAGUUCUGACAGCUCUGAAGACGAGGAAUAA